AUGGGACUCCUCUUCUUUCACGUCAUUGUCAUCAACUCAUCGGCUCGCUUCACGGAGAGCGAGCUGGCCGUCGCCAAGGCUGCGAGGGAGCGGGGAAAGAAGGUCAUCUUCACGAGGAACAAGGUCGACGAUGCGCUUGACAGCAUGUUCAAAGAGGAUGAUGUCUUCCGCUCCAAGAAGAUGCGUACAAAGAUGCGCAACUGGGUCAUACCUGAAGUCCGCGUCAAGGCCGCCAAGGAGCUCUGCACCAUGCGUGUCACGGCAGAGGCUGAGAUGGAGAAGCAAGGGGCGUGGACGGCCGGGGAGAUGGAGACGGAGCGCCUGUUCCUCAUCUCCGGACAAUUCGGGCCUUGCCUCGAGCUCUUGUCACGCGACCAAAAGUACGCUUCUGUCCGGGCCUUCUUUCGCCGACUCCGCAUCUUGCCCCGCGCCAGCGAUUGGCGCGGCUUCAUCCACAUGCUUGUGAAGCUCAUAUGCCACGAGGCCGGCUACCCGCGCUUCAUGGCCGUGCCGCUGGCGAGCUACCUGCUACUGCUGCAGGAGAAGGCGAAGAUGAGGCAGUCGAUCGGCUCCGUGGGCGUCAAGGAGUGGCUCAAGACCUUACCCAACGAGGUCGACGCUGAGGGUCUCAAGGACGUCAUCGAGUACAUGCGAGUCGCUGCAAUGGACACCAUGGGUCUGCUCACGCCAUGCGGUGAGAUCGUCGACUCGGCAGCUUCCACCUUCGGACUGCCGCGCGACACACCCCUCCAGUCCGCCGUGCCGGCGGCCACCGACUCGGACAGCGGCAACAUCCCCGAGUCGCUCGACAUGCAGGGUCCGACCGCCGCUGGCGACGCUGCCGCCCUCGGCGCCGACCCCGACCCCGCCGCCCCCGACGCCGGCACCCCUGCCGCCACCGACUCGGACAGCGGCAACAUCCCCGAGUCGCUCGACACGCAGGGUGAGAAGGUGGCGCCGCUCUCGCGGCGCGACGUCUACAUCCUGUCGCGCGCCGCCGACCGCGUGUGGUGGAGCUGGAACUACUUCGGGUUCAACGAGUUCGACCCCGAGGGUGACCGCUUCUACCGCCACCCAAGCACAACUACGUACGUCCGCGACAACAUGCUCUCAAUCGCUCCCGCCAUUCACCUCGGCGCCCAGUGCGGCCCCAAGAUCGAGCUCGCCACCGCCAAGUUCGGCCCCUACCCGGGCUACGGGGGCCCCUUCUCGUCGGUCACUGGCAAGACCUUCGUCUACGACCUGUCGGGCCUCGACACGGGCUGCAACGGCACCGACCCACUCGGACUCUCCGGCAACGCGUGCGGCAUCCACAUCCACUCUGGCUUCACCUGCUCCAGCGCCUCCGAGGUCGGGGGGCACUAUUACCUAACCCCCGCGGCCGACCCGUGGUCCGACGGCGGCAUGGGCGAGGAUUACGUCGCGUUUUAUAGCACGACAACCGGAACCGCCUCGGGCAACUUCGACGCCGACACGGGCGCGACUACGAGCGACCUGCUGGGCCGGGCCUUUGUCGUCCACGACGCAGACGGCGGGCGCGUCGCGUGCGCGCUGAUGGAGCCCGUGGUGGACCCGCUGUGCGUGACCAAUUUUGCCACCUAUCCCGGCUACUACGGCGCCUUCCCCGACGCGACGGGCUGCGCUGGCGGGUACAACGCCUCGUUCGGCAACUCGUGUGGCCUUCACAUCCACUCGGGCUCCUCGUGCGAGGCCGCCAGCGAGGUUGGCGGGCACUACGCCACGAACGGCUUCGCCGACCCGUGGACGGAGAAGAGCCUCUCCUACGUCUCCUCCACCAACGGCAACGCGGAGGGGAAGCUGUCCGCCGUCACGGGCGGCACCUCGCUCGAUGUGCUCGGCAAGGCCUUUGUGGUGCAUGGGUACGACGGCGGCCGCAUCGCGUGCGGCACGCUCGAGUACUGCGACCCCUGCGGGCCGCCACCGCCGCCGGCAAACGUGUGCAUGCCGUGGUGCAAGAACAACCCCGACAAGCACUGCCCCAAAACCCAGCUUUGCGGCAGCUGCUACUUCUGCUACCACUAG